AUGUACGUUUACAAGAGAGAUGGCCGUAAGGAGCCAGUACGUUUUGAUAAAAUCACCGCCAGAGUUCAAAGACUUUGUUACGGUUUAGACCCUCAACACGUCGAUGCUGUCGCUAUCACCCAAAGAGUUAUUUCUGGUGUGUACCAAGGUGUCACCACCAUCGAAUUAGACAACUUGGCUGCCGAAACUGCUGCUUAUAUGACCACUAUUCACCCAGACUACGCCAUCUUGGCUGCUAGAAUUGCUGUUUCCAACUUACACAAGCAAACUAUCAAGCAAUACUCCCAAGUCAGUAAGGAAUUAUACGAAUAUAUUAACCCAAAGACCGGGUUACAUUCUCCUAUGAUCUCCAAGGAAACUUACGAUAUCAUUGUCAAGAACGCCGACGAAUUGAAUUCUGCUAUUGUUUACGACCGUGAUUUCAGUUACAACUACUUUGGUUUCAAGACUUUAGAAAGAUCUUACUUGUUGCGUAUCAACGGUAAGGUUGCUGAAAGACCACAACAUUUACUCAUGAGAGUCGCUAUUGGUAUUCAUGGUGAUGAUAUCCCAAGAGUUAUCGAAUCAUACAACAUGAUGUCCCAAAAGUACUUCACCCAUGGUUCUCCAACGUUGUUCAAUGCCGGUACCCCAAGUCCACAAAUGUCUUCUUGUUUCUUGGUUGCCAUGAAGGAAGAUUCCAUCGACGGUAUUUACGAUACUUUAAAGACUUGUGCUUUGAUUUCCAAGAGUGCUGGUGGUAUUGGUUUGCAUAUCCACAACAUUCGUGCCACUGGUUCUUAUAUUGCUGGUACCAACGGUACUUCCAACGGUAUCAUUCCUAUGGUUCGUGUUUUCAACAACACCGCUCGUUAUGUUGACCAAGGUGGUAACAAGAGACCAGGUGCCUUUGCACUUUACUUGGAACCAUGGCACGCUGAUAUUUUCGAUUUCAUCGAUAUCAGAAAGAACUCUGGUAAGGAAGAAAUCAGAGCUAGAGAUUUGUUCCCAGCCUUAUGGAUUCCUGAUUUAUUCAUGAAGCGUGUUGAACAAAAUGGUGAGUGGACCUUGUUCUCUCCUAACGAAGCUCCAGGAUUACCUGAUGUCUACGGUGAUGAAUUUGAAGAAUUGUAUGAAAGAUACGAAAGAGAAGGUCGCGGUGUCAAGACUGUCAAGGCCCAAAAGUUGUGGUACUCUAUUUUGGAAGCUCAAACCGAAACCGGUACCCCAUUCAUGUUGUAUAAGGAUGCUUGUAACAAGAAGUCCAACCAAAAGAACUUGGGUAUCAUCAAGUCUUCUAACUUGUGUUGUGAAAUUGUUGAAUACUCUGCUCCUGAUGAAGUUGCUGUUUGUAACUUGGCCUCUAUUGCUUUGCCAUCUUUUGUUGAAAAGGACGAAAACCAUUCUUGGUACAACUUUGAAAAGUUGCACGAAGUCACCAAGGUUGUUACUCGUAACUUGAACAGAGUCAUUGACCGUAACUACUACCCAGUUCCUGAAGCUAGAAACUCCAACAUGAGAAACAGACCGGUCGCCUUGGGUGUUCAAGGGUUAGCUGAUGCUUUCAUGGCUUUAAGAUUGCCAUUUGAUUCUCAAGAAGCUAGAGAAUUGAAUAUCCAAAUCUUUGAAACCAUUUACCACGCUGCUGUUGAAUCUUCUGUUGAAUUGGCUCAAGAAGAAGGUCCAUACCCAACCUAUGAAGGUUCUCCAGCUUCCAAGGGUUUAUUACAAUUUGACUUGUGGGAAAGAAAGCCAACUGAAUUAUGGGAUUGGGAUACUUUGAAGCAAAAGAUAGCCAAGCAUGGUUUAAGAAACUCCUUGUUGGUUGCUCCUAUGCCAACUGCUUCCACUUCCCAAAUUUUGGGUAACAAUGAAUGUUUCGAACCAUACACUUCCAACAUCUACUCAAGAAGAGUUUUAGCUGGUGAAUUCCAAAUUGUCAAUCCAUUCUUGUUGAGAGAUUUGGUUGAUUUGGGUAUUUGGAACGAAGCCAUGAAGAGUAACAUUAUUGCCAACAAUGGUUCCAUUCAAUCCUUGCCUAAUGUUCCAGAUGAACUUAAAGAAUUGUACAAGACCGUGUGGGAAAUUUCUCAAAAGCACAUCAUUGAUAUGGCUGCUGAUAGAGCUGCAUACAUUGAUCAAUCUCAAUCAUUGAACAUUCACAUUAAGGAACCAACCAUGGGUAAGUUGACUUCGAUGCACUUCUAUGGUUGGAAGAAGGGAUUAAAGACUGGUAUGUACUACUUGAGAACCCAAGCUGCUUCUGCUGCCAUUCAAUUCACCAUUGAUAAGAAGGUUGCUGACCAAGCUGGUAAGACUGUUGCCACUUUAGAAAAGUUGAACAAGAGAAAGUAUGUUUCUAAGAUUACUUCCGGAAGUGAAAGUGAAUUCAGUUCCAGAGCCACUUCUACCGAACCAAGUUCCUUGGACAACUCCAUCCAGUUGAAGAAAAGACAAUUGAAGAACUUGAAGCUGACAUCUACAGUGCCAAGUUCAUUGCUUGUGCUAUUGACAAUCCUGAAUCCUGUACCAUGUGUUCUGGUUAGAACGUUUUGGUAA